AUGCAUGGAGUGCCAGGCCUCCUCAUUGUUUUGUAUUUGGGAAUCAUUCUGGCUGCAAGCUCAGUGGUUGGAGCAUGUCUUGCCAUUGCCAUCGCAGCUGUGUUUUACCUGCAUAAGGACACUCCUAUUGUGAGGGCCAACAACUCAGAGCUGAGCUUCCUGCUGCUCUUCUCGCUCACCCUCUGUUUCCUUUGCUCUCUCACUUUCAUCGGCCGGCCCUCUCAGUGGUCCUGCAUGCUGCGUCACACAGUGUUCGGGGUCACCUUUGUCCUCUGCAUCUCUUGUGUUCUGGGCAAAACGAUAGUGGUGUUGAUGGCCUUCAGGGCUACACUUCCAGGCAGCAAUGUCAUGAAAUGGUUUGGACCUCCACAGCAGAGACUCAGUGUUCUUGCAUUCACUCUCAUUCAGGUCCUCAUUUGUGUGCUCUGGUUAACAUUUUCCCCUCCUUUCCCCAACAAGAACAUGAAGUACUACAAAGACAAGAUCAUUCUCGAGUGUGACGUGGGCUCAGCCGUGGGCUUCUGGGCUGUGUUGGGCUACAUUGGUCUCCUCUCUCUCAUGUGCUUUGUACUGGCUUUCCUGGCCAGGAAGCUGCCCGACAACUUCAACGAAGCCAAAUUCAUCACAUUCAGCAUGCUCAUAUUCUGUGCGGUGUGGAUCACCUUUAUCCCGGCCUAUGUCAGCUCACCGGGCAAGUUCACUGUAGCUGUUGAGAUCUUUGCUAUAAUAUCCUCCAGUUUAGGUUUGGUCAUGUGUAUAUUUGCCCCUAAAUGCUUUAUUAUAUUGUUUGAGCCAGAGAAGAACACCAAAAAGCACAUGAUGGGCAAAGUUCCAUCCAAAGCUCUUUGA